CUUUGAAUUUGGAAAUUAUUUUGGUGUCUAACAAAAAUGUUUGCUAGGUUUUAUGGUCUAUUCAACUAACAUUUUGCAGUUCCACUGCUUAUUUAUCUAUGAGCAUCUGAAAUUAACUUGAUGGCUGCAAUAACACUCUGUAGUAUCAAGAUACAAAACUUUUGUGAACUUUUCAAAAACUUUUAUGAAAAUGAAGACCACUUGGAGGCACGUUAAUUUACGACAUCAAUUUUUUAUUUCUCAAUUCAUAAUUCAAUUUCCAUCUGAUUCUAUAAAACAAUAUAAAAUAGAAUUUUAUAGAUCAAAUAUAUAUUGAGGUAGAACUGUGAUUUAAAUUAAGCAAUUUUGAUAUUAUGUCAUGCUAAAAAGCAUUCUGCGCAUGCGCAAUGGUACAUUUUUUGGCGCGACAGUGUUCGUGCUCAGAACACGUGGGUACAAAAAGCCGAAAUAAUCACUGAAAAUUACCACUAUAACUAUACAAAAUAAUAUAAGAUGGAUCUCAACGCAUUGGUGGGUGUACUGGAAGCGACUUUAGACCCAGUCCAGCAGCAAAAGGCCGAGCAACAGCUCAAUGAGGUUCAUAAAAUUAUUGGCUUUGGCCCAGUGCUGCUACAGGUGGUAAUGUCAAAUGAGCUUAAACUGCCCACAAGACAAGCUGGGGUGAUCUACCUGAAAAACAUGGUGGCCCAGUUCUGGCAAGAGAGGGAAGUUGAGAACCCCAGUGAUCCUGUUCCAUUUUCUAUCCAUGAACAGGACCGAGCAGUUAUUCGGGAAAAUAUUGUCGAAGCUAUCAUAUUCGCUCCUGAUCCAAUCAGGGUUCAGUUAACAGUGUGUAUCAGCAACAUUAUCAAACAUGACUUCCCUGGACGUUGGGCUGCCCUUCCUGAGAAGAUUAAUGCCCACCUCCAGUCUGACAAUAUAGCAUCAUGGCUAGGCGCACUCAUUGUCUUAUAUCAACUUGUGAAGAAUUAUGAAUAUAAAAAAGCUGAUGACCGCAACACAUUGAACCCUGUGAUGACUGUGUUCCUACCUAUUAUACAUGAGAGAUGUGUCUUAUUGCGACCAGACACCUCCAAUGAAAGUCACCUACUACAGAAACAGAUCCUGAAAAUAUUCUAUGCCUUAAUACAGUACCACUUGCCAUUGGAGCUUAUAACAAAACAGAUUUUCACCCAGUGGAUGGAAGUGAUAGGCCACAUAAUAGACGUAGAAAUCCCAGAUACCUACCAUGCUGAUAAAGAUGAGGAAGAGAGACCAGAAUUACCAUGGUGGAAGUGUAAAAAGUGGGCUUUACAUAUUUUAGCCAGAAGUUUCGAGAGGUAUGGUAGCCCAGGAAAUGUAACCAAAGAAUACAACGCUUUCUCAGAGUGGUACUUAAAGAGUUUUUCAGGUGGAAUAAUCAAUGUGAUAUUGAAAGUUUUACAUCGGUUCCAACAGAAACAUUAUGUGACACCCAGAGUUCUACAACAGGCACUCAACUACAUUAACCAGGCUAUCAGCCAUGCUUUCUCAUGGAAAUACAUCAAACCACAUAUGCAGACAAUAAUUCAAGAGGUUUUGUUUCCACUGAUGUGUCACUCAGAUGAUGACGAUGAAAUGUGGAAUAACGAUCCACAUGAGUAUAUAAGAACAAAGUUUGAUAUUUUCGAAGAUUUUAUCUCACCAGUGACAGCUGCCCAAACAGUUCUGCAUUCAGCUGUGGCAAAACGUAAAGAAGUGCUACAGAAAUGCAUGGGCUUCUGUCUACAGAUGAUGGCCAUUGAUAGUGCUGCGAACCCACGCUUGAAGGAUGGUGUCCUUCAUAUGGUUGGAGCGGUGGCUGAUAUUUUAUUAAAGCGCAAGAUCUACAAAGACCAAGCUGAAACAAUGUUAGUGACACACGUCUACCCAGAAUUCUACAAUGAUCAUGGUUUCCUGCGUGCAAGGGCAUGCUGGGUUGUACGUUACUUCUCUGAGGUGCAAUUCAAGAGUGAAGCAAAUCUGAUCAAAGCUCUGCAGGCGGUGCAGGGUUGUCUAUGUGGGGACAAGGACCUACCAGUAAGAGUGGAGGCAGCUAUUGCUCUACAGAUGCUCAUCACAGAGCAAGAAAAGGCUCAAGAUCACAUGCGGCCAUAUGUAAAAUCUGUUAUACUAGAAAUGCUUAAAAUUAUUCGUGAAACUGAGAAUGACGAUCUGACAAAUGUCCUACAGAAGCUAGUCUGUACAUAUGUGGAUGACAUCCCACCUAUAGCAGUAGAGAUGACUCAACAUCUUGCAACCACGUUUGGUCAGAUCAUCCAGUCUGAAGAUGGUGAACAGUCAGAUGAGAAGGCAAUAGCAGCUAUGGGGGUUUUGAACACAAUAGAUGCCAUCCUGACUGUAGUGGAAGACCACAAAGAGAUCAUAGCUCAGCUGGAGGGCAUUGUCUUGCAAGUUGUAGUCAUAACCUUAAACCAGAAUGUCCUCGAGUUCUAUGAGGAGAUCCUGUCUCUGAUCUACAGUCUCACGAUGGGCCAGAUCUCCAAUAACAUGUGGGAGGUGUUUGCCAAGCUCUACGAGAUGUUCCAGAAAGAGGGAUUUGACUACUUCACUGACAUGAUGCCAGCUCUCCAUAAUUACAUCACAGUAGACACACCAGCGUUCCUGUCCAACCCCAGCCAUAUAGAGAGCAUAUACAACAUGUGUAAGACUAUAAUGACCAGUGACUCUGGGGAGGAUGCUGAGUGCCAUGCUGCCAAACUACUUGAGGUUAUCUUACUGCAAUGCAAAGAACAUGUGGACUCUGCCAUACCAACAUUUUUAGAGCUAGCGCUGGAGAGACUUACAAGAGAAAUCAGAACUUCAGAAUUAAGGACAAUGUGCUUACAGGUUGUAAUAGCAGCCCUGUAUUAUAAUACAGCAAUGACAUUAGAAAUACUAGAAAAAAUAUCCUUACCAAAUACAACAGAAUCCAUUUCAUCUCAGUUCUUCAAACAAUGGCUACAUGAUACAGACUGUUUCCUAGGGUUACAUGACCGUAAGAUUAGUGUACUUGGUCUUUGUGCUCUUAUGGACACUCCAGCUGGCCGUCCUACUGCAGUGACUGAACAUGCAGCCGAGAUAAUCCCAUCAUGCAUCAUGCUCUUUGACGGUCUUAAAAAGGCUUAUGAGAGCCGAGCUGCGGAGGCUGAUGAUAGUGAUGAUGAUGAAGAAGAGGAUGAUGGCGAGUAUGAGGGAGAGGUGUUAGAUAGUGAUGAAGAUGAAGUAGAUGAGCAAGGAAAUCAGUAUUUAGAAAAAUUAGAAAGAUCUGCAAAUGGAGAUGAUGAUGAUAGUGAUGCUGAAUACAGUGAUGAUGGAGCUGAAGAGACUGCUUUGGAGAGCUAUAACACACCUCUAGAUGCUGAGGACUGCACUGUAGAUGAAUACCAAAUAUUUAAAAAUGUCCUACAAAAUUUACAAACAAGAGACCCCUCAUGGUACAACACACUCAUAGGCAACUUGACUGCAGAGCAACAGGGUGAUCUGAAGAAAGUUAUUGAGCUUGCGGACAAAAGGAAAGCUGCUGAAGAAUCAAAAAAGAUUGAGCAAGGUGGGGGCUACAACUUUACACAGGUCUCUGUGCCAUCAACUUUCAACUUCGGCUCAUAGAUACAACAUUUUAUGUCUGGUAUGAAUUAUCAGAACACUAAGAAUUAACCAAGAGAUGGCAAUUAUAACUUUGAUUCUAGUCGGCUGGAAGUAUAAUAUAAAAGAGAAUGGAUUCUCAGGUGGGAUGUGUUAGAAACAUGGACAGAAAUUCAAAACUAACAAUGUAUGAUACAUUUUCAAAAGGUGCUUGAAAUUAAUUGACUUGGAAAUAUUGCAUGAAUAACCAUUGGAAUAAUAGAACAGAAUGUGAAGUGAUAUCUCUAAAUUGUAGAAAUAGCAUUUUUAACUUUGAUUUUGAUCAAAUUAAGGUUUAAAGGCUCAUCAUUGUAGUUAAUGAGUUCAACUGUAAGAUGACUUCACAAAAUCUAUUCUACCUCCAUGGUAUAUUCAUUGAUGGAAUUUAAAAAUGCAUGUAGGCUUUUUUUGUACCAUCAUUAAGAUUAUAUGUUUUAUUCCAAUAAUCAAUAUGAUAGCCAGGUGUUAAUGUUAACUGCUACAAGAGAUUGUCAGUGUUUCAGUUUACUUGACAUGCAUGUUCUCGAGUCCAUUGGGUUCAAAAUUUCUAUGGCUUUUGAUGGAAUAAUGUUUACAAUUGUACUAGUAGAUGACACUAACAGAUUACCAUUAUCCUUUAGGGCCUAUAUCCUCUGCUGGGAACCAGUUUGUGUGAUCUUGUAAUGUUACUGAUGUUGAUCUCGUUCCCUCAUUUUAAUGUACUGAUGAAUAUGGCCAGUUAGUGUAUAAAUGAAGCACUGUUGAUUGAUGUCCAUAUUGUCAUUUCUCUUUGUUCCUGAUGUUUUAAAUGCUUAUAUUUGACUAUUAUAUUUGACCAUUAUAUUCAGUGGGUAUAUGAAAACCUUCAUUCAACAAACUGUAGGUGAAUCUCACAAAAAGAUGCAAAACACCUCUUGGUCUCAACAUUUCCCCUUAAUAUCCUUUUGUUUUGUAAUCCUUACAAUCUGUUGUUCAGCUUUGUGCCAUCUUCAGUUUGCAAUGAUCAUUGACUUUAUAUGUAAAUAUUAGUAUGAUGGAUCUUCAUUGAGUAAACUAGCCAAAGAAACCGCAUGGUGUGAACUGAUAUGUUUUUACUGUAAUCAAGCUAGUGUGUACAAAGAUAUUUUAAUUUGAAGUCUGUAGAUAUGUACAUAGUUCUGUAGAAGGUCCUCACACCUGUCUUAUUGUACUGGAUAAUACUGGGAGGAUUUUGCCAAACAAACCACUUGUAAAGGAAAUUGUGAUCGUUUCAUUUUAUCUCAUUUGCGAAAGAGACCUGACCUUCUAUCCAGAUCAACUAGUGAACUGGUUUCAAUAGCAUUUCUGACAAAGAUUUAUUGAAAUGUGGAAAAUAUUUCCUAAUUUCUCAAAACAGACAAUUUGGUAAACAUAUCAGAUGUUUUGUUGCUUGGGAAAACCUUGGUGAAAAUGGCAAUUUCAUUCCUCGAGAUUGUAAAAUGAAAUGGCAGCCAUGUUGUUCACAUUGAAAUGAUUUAAACAAUUUGAUAUUUAUUUGAAAUAAAUUAUAUUAAUUUGAAAAAAAAAUGACACAGAUUUCGAUAAAGUGUUCAAAGUGAUUGAUUUCUAUUUAGGGAAUAGAAUUGUGUUAUUGAAUGAAGAUGCCUUGUAUAUCUGCAACAUGUAUGCUCACAAAAGACCACCUACCUCUAUUUAUUUCAAUGAACCUUAUUGGUAUUUGCUGAGUGGCUACUUUUGUGAGGAUAUUGGUCAUCAUGUUUUUACAAUGCAAAAACAACUUAUUCCAAAAUGCAUUAUUAAAUCAGUUAUUUUUGUGAUUGAAGAGAUAAAAUAUGUGAAUAUAUUUGUCAUUAAUUCAAAGAUGCAUUUUGAAAAGCUGUUUCUGUAUUUUGUUUUUCCCUCCCAAAUAUACUUGUAAUUCACCAGCAUGAAAAGUAGAAAUGUGUAUAUGAAUAACAUUGAAUCACCAUCUAACAGCAUCAUUCACCCCUUAAUAAGUUUGGCAACCACGGAUCCCCAGGGUCGAGUUUAGCCUAUUUUUGGUUGAAUUUGAAUUUUGUUAAUCAACUACAGUA